GGGAAAUGUUGCAAUCUGUUCUCAUCAUUUCCUCCAGCUCCCAUCUCUCCGAUCCCAACCAAACAGACCUUAACAGGCAGCGCUAGCUAGCCCGCUAGCCUUGCCUAUAUAAAGGGAAGAUUGAAAGGCGGAGCCGCUACACAAAUGGGGCUAAAGGGUAAGUUGAUUGCCGCAGUGGAGUUCAAGGCGGGCGGAGAUGUGUUUCACGAGCUUUUCAGGCACAAACCACACGACGUGUCCAAAGCCAGCCCAACUGUCCAUGGGUGCGAUCUGCACGAGGGUGAGUUUGGACAUGUUGGCUCCGUCAUUUGUUGGAGAUACAACCAUGACGAGAAGGACAAGAGAGCGAAACAAGUGGUUCAAAAAAUAGACGAAGAGAAGAAGCUGAUUGAGUUCAAGAUGUUGGAAGGAGACUUGAUGGAGGAGUACAAGACUUUCUUGAUAACGAUCCACGUGGAAACAAAGGAAGGCGUUGACCUGGUGACGUGGACCUUAGAGUAUGAGAUGCUCAAUGAUGACGUGGGCCAUCCCAUCUCUUUGCUCUCCUACUUCAUCAACAUCACCAAAGAAAUUGAGACUCAUCACACUCCAAAGCCAAGUGUUGAGUAAUGGUAAGAAUAGAGUCAUGCUAGGGGUACACCAAAAUGAGAUACUCAUUUGUACAUCAGGUAAUUCCAAAUAUAGACAUUUACUGUUCGUGACCACAGACACUAAGUAUCUGUAUUUGUCUGGUGUACAAAUGGGGUUCUUUAUUUUGGUAUACACCUAAGUUUAUUCAUAAUAAUAUACUUUAUCGGCCUAGUUCAAUUUGAUAUCCAUGCUUUUUUCAAUCCAUAAAAUGAUCGUUUUAUUCGAAUAAUAAUGAUGAUAUAAAUUGUCGACUAGUAACAGAUUUUGUAGCGACAUGUUAACGAUGAUGUUCGUCACGAAAUUUGUUAAGAAUUUGACACUUUAUUUUCGAAUAAUAAGUGUUAAUUAGAGUGUGUGCUAAGCCUUUGUCAUUUGAUUAAGAGAUGUAUGCACAAGUGUGCAAGUGUGCGUGUUUAAUUAUUCCUUUGUUUAAUUUGUUGCUUUUGUUGGGUGCAUCCAAAUGAAGGAAUAAAGGAUAUCUAUUGGGGAUUAGAGUAAAUGUAAGUGGUGUUUGUUUGAUUCAUGUAUUAAAGGUUGGUAUAAUGG